AAAAGCAGAGCCGACUCCGCUCGGGGCAAGUUCGCGCGAGAUGCCGUCCGCUUUACCAAAUCCAUUAAAAGGAUGGCUGGCAAUUGGGGGCCGGAGGCCUUAAGGGUUUCCCCUCGCAACUGAUACUCUCUCCCAACUUUUCUGAACCACGCUGGAUGAGGCCCAGCAGCAAAAAAGAUGUCCAAGGUCUACAGCGCUGAGGAGGUUGCCAAGCACACAUCGCAAGAAAGUUGCUGGGUGAUCCUAUACGGGAAUGUCUACGACGUGACCGAGUUUCUGCCCUCACACCCGGGCGGCUCCAGGAUCAUCCUGCAGCUCGCGGGCCGGGAUGCCACCGAAGAGUACGACCCCAUCCACCCGCCAGGAAUCCUCGAGGAGAACCUCAAGCCCGAGGCGAAGCUGGGAACCGUCGACCCGGAGAGCCUGGCAAAGAUGGAGAAGCAGAGGGAGGCAGAAUCACAGUCACGGAAGCAGGCCAGCGGCAGCAGCAGCAGCAGCAGCAACGACGCCGAAUCCGCCGCCGCCCCGCCGCCCCUACACAUGCUCCUCAACCUAGACGAGAUCGAGGCCGUCGCCAAGACGCAGGUCUCCAAGAAGUGCUGGGCCUACUACUUCUCUGCGUCGGACGACCUCUUCUCCAAGUCGUACAACAACGCCGUCUUCCGGUCGAUCCUGCUGCGCCCGCGCGUCUUCGUCGACUGCACCUCUGCCUCGACGGCGACGACGCUGCUGGGCCGGCCCGUCGGCACGCCGCUGUACGUUGCGCCCGCGGCGAUGGCGCGGCUGGCGCACCCGGACGGCGAGGCCGGGAUCGCGCGGGGCAUCUCGUCAUUCGGCGGCAUGCAGGUGGUCAGCAACAACGCGAGCAUGACGCCCGAGCAGAUCGUCGCGGACGCGGCCCCCGGCCAGGUCUUUGGCUGGCAGCUGUACGUGCAGACGGACCGGCUCAAGUCCGAGGCCAUGCUGCGGCGCAUCGGCGCCCUGCGCGAGCACUUCGCCUUCGUCGUGCUGACGCUCGACGCCCCCGUGCCCGGCAAGCGCGAGCUCGACGAGAAGAGCAACCUCGAGAGCCAGGAGGCCGUCCAGUCGGCCAGCAACGACAAGUCCGAGGCCGAGAGGCGGCCCGGCGGCGGCGGCGUCGGCCAGCAGCUGUUCUGGGGCACGGCCGCAGACCUCACCUGGCAGACCACGCUGCCCUGGCUGGCCGAGCACACCGACCUGCCCGUCGUGCUCAAGGGAGUGCAGACCCACGAGGACGCGUAUCUGGCGGCGCAGUACGCGAGGCAGCACCCCGGCAGCCUCAAGGCCAUCAUCCUCUCGAACCACGGCGGCAGGGCGCUGGACACGGCGCCCCCCGCGAUGCACACCCUCCUGGAGAUCCGCAAGUACUGCCCCGAGGUGUUCGACUCGAUCGAGGUGUGGAUCGACGGCGGCGUCAAGCGCGGCACGGAUGUGGUCAAGGCACUGUGUCUCGGGGCGAAGGCUGUCGGUGUUGGGAGGGCGGCGCUGUGGGGGCUCGGUGCCGGUGGCUGGCAGGGCGUCGAAAGGACGUAUGAGAUCCUCCAGGGCGAAAUCUUGACGUGUAUGAAACUGCUCGGCGCGAAGACGGUGGCAGACCUGGGACCAAGAUUGGUCAACGCUCGGAUGCUCGAACGGGACAUCUUCGACGGGGGAGCGGGCUUGGACAAGUCGGGGCUAUGGACGCCUAGGCCCAAGCUAUGACCUAGCCAAGGCUUUCUCGCCCAUGGGGUGUUAACCCAUUAGGUGUUGACCGUGAUGUAGAUCUGCGCGGGUUAGGUCCCCUGUCUGGGGAGGAUUCGGGGUGCAGCAUGCCAAGCUGGCGGGGAAGCCGAGGUUGGGCUCCGCAACAGAGAAGCACGUGGUAUGAGGAAGGCUCAAGAUCUUCUGUCAAGUCCCUUUUCUUUGCGUAAGGGCAUGUAUUUAUGGAAAGAAU